UUUUAUGAUUUCUUAUUCAGAUUUAAACCUGUUUCAGCAGGAUGCUUCGAAUAAUUGUGAGCACGCUCCUGGUCUGCACCUUCUUCAGAGUAUGUCUUGCAGCUCCACUCACAGGGUCUGAGGACCAGGAGCCAUUCAGCCUUCUAAUAUCUGUGUCUCUGUCACUUGCAUCAUUUCUGUGCCUGGUCUUGGCAGUGGUUGGGUGUGCCUGCUGUUGUGGAAAGACAAGUAUUCUGAAAUAUGAGGAGUCUGUAGAGUAUGAUGAAAGACACAACACUAACCAGAGCCACUCCAACGAUGCUUUUGCUGACUUCAGUCCCCCUACACAGAGCACACCUUCCUUCCCACCAGGUGGAGUAUCAGAGACUGUCAGUAUCGAGGCCUUGCCUGACCUAUCAUCUAGACUGCAGACAAGCCAUGGAUUGCCACAGGUGAGCACAGCUCUCAAUGAUACAGGCCAACAGGAUGGGGAUCUUAAACACCUGAAGUCACCUAGGUUUGUCUUCCCGAGAGAUCAACUCAACUAUGUUGAUGAGCUUGGCAAUGGAUGGUUUGGCAAGGUAUUGCAAGGUGAAGCACAUAGGUUACACCCAGGGAUGCGCAAGACACGUGUUGUCAUCAAGCAACUCAGAGACACAGCUAGUCCAGAAGAACAACUCCUUUUCCUCCAAGAAGUACAACCAUAUAGGGAAGUAAACCAUCCCAAUGUGUUAAUGCUGCUUGGUCAGUGCAUUGAAAGCAUACCUCUUCUACUUGUCUUGGAGUACGCACCUUAUGGAGACCUGAAGAACUACCUACGCAAGAAUCGAGGCAUGGUGGCAGAGAUGGCCCAGAAGGAUGUCCAGCUACAUAUGGCUCAUGAUAUCAUCUCAGGGUUACUCUGGCUUCAUCAAGCCGACUUCAUUCAUAUUGAUUUAGCAGCAAGAAACUGCCAAGUUUGUUCAGAUACAUCUGUCAAGAUCGGUGAUUACGGACUUGCUCUAGAAAAAUAUCCCGAGGAUUAUUAUAUCACUAAAGAUGAGUGCCAUGCAGUGCCUAUCCGAUGGCUUGGGCCGGAGGUCAUUGAGCUCAGAGGUCAAGAUAUCAAACCCAAGAAAAUCACCAAGCAAUCCAAUAUCUGGUCCUUUGGUGUGAUAAUGCUAGAGCUGUCUACGGCAGCAGACCGACCCUACCCUAACCUGAGCGAUGAACAAGUCUUGAAGCAGGUCGUGAUGGAUCAAGAUAUCAAACUAGAUAAACCAAAACUGGACCUCAAGUAUGCUGACAGAUGGUUUGAGAUUAUGAUGUUCUGUUGGAUGGAUGGUGACACCAGACCUACGGUAAAAGAAGUCCAUGAGCUUCUCACCCACCUUAAAAAGAAUGCAGACAGAGUUCAGAUGGAAGACUUUGAGACAAAAUGGAAUGCGCUCAAGCCGGCCAUGGCCAACCAGAGUUCAUCGGAAUGUAGCGAGGCUUCUCAGGAGACUCCCCAACAGGAUUUAUCGGUUGAGGUUGGUGGUGGCGAUCCUCUCUCCAUUGGUAUGCCUCAAGGGGAUCCCUUGUCAUUGGUCAGUGAUGUGUCUCAGAAGCAGGCACAACAGACAGUCAGCGUGGAUGUGACUGUCCCAUCGCUUGGCCAAACUAGUCAGGAAGAUCGGCUUAUUGAAGGCCUUGCCAAAGAAGCUAAAAAGAGUCAACCUUUUGAAGUUACAUUUGAUGAGCCGGAAGAACCAGCACCCAGGAACGUGCAGGAAACCGAAACUGUUUCUGAACUUAUACCAAGCAUAGCAACACCGCAAGCUAACACGGCACCUCCUGCAGGAGGGAACAUCUCUCAUGAACUAAGCUUUGAGGAUGCCUUUGACACUCCUACUCCUACACCACAAGGAGAUAAACAGUCCUCAAGUCAGUCCUUUGGACUGGAUGACAGUGUCCAAAAUGCAGAUGUGACACCAAAGACCCCUGACUUCUUUUCUUCGGAGGAUGUCAACCCUGUUGAAGCCAGUACUCCCUUCCCCCCAACACAAGAACCCAACAUGCAAGUUUCUAUUGAUACCAGUUUGUCAACUGGAGGGUACGAUACGGCCGUUAGCAAUCUCCUAGAGGCCAAUGAUAGCACAGUCACGUUCACUGAGUCUUUCAACACCAUGUCAAGUAACCCUUUCAGUAGCGGCACUUCCUCAUCAGAACCAGGUGGGUUUGUGUCAGCGGUCGAGUCUGCAGGCGACAAAUCCUUGGAAGACAGUCAGGUUCAUGGAAACAAUGGGUUUGGGGAGUUUGAGAGUUCCAUGCUCUCAUAUGGAACACCAUUGGAAGGUGACAUGUCCUCUGUCCUGGAGACGCCCACACCUGGUGGACGGGACAAAGGAUCCUCAGACUUACUUGGUGAUCUCUCUCAACCUUCAAAUCCGUUUGAUAGCUCACCGGCAUCUCUUAGUUUUGGGGUCAAUGUGGACAGCCCAGCAGUGAAGGACAUUUCUUUUGAACAGAUGGCGCAGAAUGGGGAGGAAAAGAAAGACCUGCAGAGCUUUGGUGCUAUAAAAUUGACGGAGCAUGAAAAAGAGUCUACCGAUACCCCUCCUUUGGCUGAACAUGAUAUGACACCCCAAGGCUACGCAGAGGUCAGCACUGCUGCAAAGAAACCUUUUGGUAUGACCAUGCUAACCGUCACAUCAGGGAAGAAGAAGAAAUCCAUUGAGAUCCACAAAGAGGAUGAUGAGGAUGCAGACGGAAAGGAUGCCGGGGACGCUGCAUCCGGUGUUACCGUGAUGACCAACGGCUCAAGCAAGAUGGCUAAAGACGAGGUCGUCUCUCCGGCAGCACCUCCUGAUUCCAGCGCAGGAACUAACCUCCUGGAUUUUGAUAUCCCUGGAUCCGGUCUCGAUCAAGGACCUGGACUUGCUCCCGGUCUAACGGCGGGAUUUGGUAUCAUAGAACUGCAGGUGAGCAAGGAUGGUGAGGAGGCGGUGGUUGUCCCGCCGCAGAGCCCGGAGUCUUCGGUCGAGUUUGGCUCCUUCGAGGAUGUCAGCAAGGAGUCAUAAAACAGUGUCUUUCUUUCAAAAACCAAAUUGUACAUUAAGCAUAUAGUAUAUCAUACUGUGAAAUGUCAACAAGAGAUUUAUAUAUACAACGGUUAGAAUAAUAUUGUAUAAUAUUGUCAUUAGUGGUUACAGUACAUCAAAUUGAUAUGUAGUAGUACAUGGCAGUACUGGUAGCUGAAGAGCAUUGUCAUAUUUUGUGUUGUUUAUUUCUUAAAUAGUUUAUUAUUUGACAAAGGAAAUUAGGUGUGUCAUCUUGAAUCGUUUCCAUUAACGCACAUGAUUUGGUAGACAUUUUAUAUCUUGAGAGAGAGUGAAUGACAGAGAGAGAAAAGAUUCAUGCCAACAGUUCAGUGGCUUUUUGAAAAUGCUUGUUGAUAUUGUAUUCAUUUAUUAAAGUAUGUAUUCAACCAUAUCAAAUUUUAUGAUAUAUUUCGGUGAACAUUUUCAUCUUCUAAAGAGAAAUUUGGAAAUUCUGUGUUUCAAUGAUAAUAUGCAUUUAAUAGAGGAAGAUUCAAAAUCUGUUCAUGAUAGAUAUAAAGAAUUUGUAGAGUCUAACAAAUUUAUCUGAAAAUUGUUCAGGAAAAGGAAGAAUGCAUCAUUAAUAAAAAUGGAGACUCAUUCAAAGAUCAUUAUUUUUUGUACAUAUUUACGUUGAUGAUUAACACGGUUAUGCAAAUGAGAAAGAUUGUAAAGUGCUCCCACCAAUAAUAUUGCCUCUUACUUUUUUAUUCAAAAUGACAAAAUAUGAUCAAUUUACUAAAACCAGGUCGUUUAUGUGAUUAUUUUUGCAUGUUUUUUAUGUGAUAAUAUAGUAAGACUAAGAGACUCUCUGAAGCCAGGACAGUACUUUUUAGCAAAGCUGCAGCUAAUUAAACUCACUUUGAUUAUAAUUAUUUAACAUUUGCUUUUAAUGAGCACUCAUUUUCUGUUAAAUUCUACCUCUGCCAUCCUCUAGUACUCUGAAUUAAAGUGAAAUAUAAUUAUCAACCAAACUUCAAAUAUAUUCACUUGCAAAGAAUCUAUUUCAUAGUUUUCAUGUGGAGUGUUGUGGCCCAGUGGCUUAGGCUCUGGACUCUGAAACAAAGGGUUGUGGUUCGAACUCCACCCAUGGUGCAAUUUCCUUCAGCAAGAAAUUGAUCCAUAUUGUGGCACACUAAACCCUGGUGAGGUGAAUGGGUAGCUGUUAGGAUUAUUCCAUCUGAAAAAUGGUAGCUCAAGCUAAAGAUGGGGUGGUUAUAAUUGCACUUUGUAUCCUUUGGCAAAAAGUGCUAUAUCAAUCACGCUAUUUUAAAUAUAUUACUUAUUGCGUGAAAGUUCUACAUGUAUUUAAAAUUGACAGUACUAGUUACUAAACGUUUAUUCAAUUUACUUGUAUUCUAAUGUUGUAUUCAUGAUUUAACAUUCAUUAGGUCAGCCAGUCUAUUGAUAGUUUUCUUCCAAUUUAUUUUUAGUAGCCUUAAAAAAUAAUGACACCUAAUGCAGUUGAGGGACUUCAGAAGAUAUUGCUAUGGUUGUUCUGAAGAAUUAAGUUUUUGAUUCUUUGAAUGAGGAAGAAUGUAGUUGGAAUAUAAAGUGGUAGUCUUUGAUAUUCCUUAAAAGUAUAAUUCACAUUUAUAAUUGAUGCUUUUGCCAUGAUCACCAACUACUGCUUUUGAUUUAUAGUUUAUAUAGACUUGUAACUUCUACCUGUUGGCAAUGUUACAAAUUAGAUGACUCUCCAAUUUGUGUGUGACUAUCUGCCAUCUCGAUAAAUAUAAAAAGUAUAUCAGUACCUCAUUGAAUAAAAAAUUGUAAAAGUCUUUCGAGGUUGUUUAGGGGAAAUGCGUCCUUUAGUAAUAAAAAUGCAUCAAAAUUUACACUAAUUCUUUACAAAACCUUUAAUAGUUUUCCUUGAAAAAGACACAUGUCAUCAUUUUUCAUUUCAACUGUUUGAGGGGAAUAAUAUUGUCAUCCUUUAGAUGUAAACUUUACGAUAAAUUAAGAAAGAAUAUGCAAUAAUUAAAAGAUAUCUGUCUGACAAUAUUCAUUAUAAGCAUCAUAGAAAUUGUGGUGGCCUUUCUUUAAAGCUUAAACAUUGCAACCUGCAAUAACUUAAUUAUCUGUGUAGUAUGUGAUACACUUUGCCAAAAAGCACUUAAAAUACCCUAUACUAGUACCUUUUGUUAAUCAUUAAAGUCUUGCCUGUAAAAUCUGCUUUAUUUUCCUUCAUUUAUUUUUGCCAAUCAUACAAAUUCUGUCUCGGUCAUGCCUUUUGUUCUUUGCAAUGUAGCCAGUUUUGCCAUUAUAUAUCCUUCACUGACAUACGUGUGUGUAGGCAUGGGUACUGCAUUCCAUAUUGGUUUAACUGCAAUAGUUGAUGAGGGGUUGGUACUAUGUAACCAAGUUACAAUUUAACAACAUAUAGUCAAGACAAUCAUGUAAAUGUGAAUUCUAUUUUAUAAGGUAAUUUGAUAAUCAAUUUUAAUUUUAUAUAUUGACAGGGAUAUUUGGACAUUAUUGAAUGAAUUGCUCUCCCCUGUGUAUUUUGGAUGGUUUUCUUUGUUGCCCUUAAAAGUAUUUACUCUGAAUUAUAUGAUUCUUCUUCAAACAUCAAACAUAUUGUUAAACUGAAAUCAAGUCCAUGGAAUUGUGUGUAAAACACCCUCAUUUUGUAUUCUAUGUAUCUUGUCAAAUGAGAGGACAUUUACAACUGAUUUGUAGUUCAAUGAAAACGAUAUUAAUCGAAUUUUUCUUUUUGAAAACUUGCAAUACAACAUCCGGUCAUCUAGUCGUUAGUAUUCUAUGUUGUAAAAUAGUGAGACUGACGUUUAUGUAGCGAUGAAAAAGAAGGCAAUUUUUGUAGACUAAUCCCAGCCUAGCAAGGCUCCAAGCUUUAUUACUUAUUUCAAGAAUGUGUCUUAAUUUGUUUGGUAAAAGUGACCUUUAUUACGAUAUUUUUGAGUAACUUUUUAUUACAAAGACAUAACUAUUUUUUUCUUCAAAUGUAGCUUUUGUACAUGUUUGUAUAAAGUUAGAAUUUGCUAAUGAUAUUGUUUGCAUGUACAGUUAUAAACAUGAAACAAGAUCUUGCAAUCAUUACUACUUGUUAUUUUUUGAGAAGGCUCUACUAGUACUUAUCUCACCUUCAUUGUUAUGAAGUCCCUAGUUUCCUUCUUUAGGGAGCAUUCAUGAAGUGAGUUUUGUCAAUUUUUUUUACCGACAGCUUAUAUAAGCUACUGAAAUGCUUUUAUCUGAUUGGUUGUGAAGAAAUUUGUCGGGUAAAUCAAUUGAUGAAAAACUUCAUGAAACACUUUCUUGAAAGCAGAUGGUGAAUGAAUUGUAUGAAAUUUAAAAUAAAAUAUCAAUUCAGUAUAUUUACAUGUAUAUAUGAAUAUGAAAUUUCAUUGCAGAGAUAUAAAUGAUAUGAUUUUGUAGAUCUAUAUUAUAGCCUGAAUUCACUAAAGAGGUUUGAACACAUGUCUUAUUUUCUAUGUGCACAUACAUAGGCAAUAUGCUCUACUGCACUUACAGUAUAUAUUAUUGUGAACUGUCAAAAUACAUGUAUAUGUAUGUCUGAGCUAAUGCAAGAAGCCCCCAGUGUGCAUGUGCCUUGCCACUUUUGUUUGGCAUUUUAUUUUUGCCACGUUAAAGUU